GCGUCGAUUUGCGCUGGACUGCGCUGCUCCACUUCCGGACAAAUACGAGCCUUGAUCAUUGACAUGCCUCGCCUAUUCAUCAUUUAGCAAAAAUAUAUACACGCAGUAACGAAAAUACAUAUAUAAAUAUUAAUUGUCUUUAUAACUUGAUAACCAGAAGGAGGGAUAUGAAUUCGUCCAGCGAGAUGUCGGCUUUCGCUAACAUCCAUGCACAGUUAGCGUCCAUCAUGGAGAUACUAGCCAGAUCUGCAGUGACAGAAAUCAGCAAACUUGUGAACGAUAGUACGGAGGUUUUGCUGCUGGAGAUGUGCCGAAGACAGAAUGAAAACGACACCCUGAGAAGGAAGCUGGAGUGGAUGGAGAUGGAGUUACGGGCGGCGCGGAGGGAUGAAGCCCGGGAGAGUUUUUCCUGCGGCCGCACCGUGGGAGUUCAGGCUGGUGAUGGCUUACGGGCGACGGAGAGAACCCGAUUGCAUUGUAGUGCAGAGACGCUCGGCUCAAGUAGGGAACGACUUUGAUCAGCACUGUCCUCGCCUGAAGGCAAAUGGAGGUCCUCCGCCUGUGGAGGAGGAAGUGUCUCGGGCUCCGUCUAUUGUCGAGUCUGGAGACUUCGACAGAGGGACAUCAGGAACACCUUUUAUCAAGGAGGAAAUAUUUGAAGAGGAAAUCAAUAUUACUGAGUCGAGGAAAGGACUGAAGAGCUUUGCUGGAGCCAGUGGUUCUGGUCCUGAUGCAAGAAAGCUGCAUCCUGUCCUGCGUCGUCAACGUGAGGAAGAGAGCGACACGCGACUCGUAGACGGUUCAGAAGUGCAGGAGGUCCAUUCUGCCUCGACAGCCACCGCAGAAGAUCUCGCAGAAGCGGAGGAAGGAAAACAGCAGAGAGUCCUGAGGGUCGAUCAGGCAGAACCCCAGGAGUACACAGUGAGAUCGUUCGCUCCGGCCUCUGUCUGUGACACGUAUGAGAAGGAGGUUCAUCUCUGGACAUCUGCUAUACAGGAGGACAGCGAGACCGAAACUGAUGAUCCCGAUUUCCCUUACGAUACAGAACAGAGUCUGUCAGAUGUGAUUGAGAUUCAUCCCAUCCCGGCUACAGGAACAGGUUUAUGUACGGAUAUGUUGUCUUCGAGAGCCACUAAACCCCAUUUGGGAAUGGUGACCAUCGCACCUAAGGAAGAGGAGCCAACAGUGCAGCCUGGAUGCAGCGUGGACACUAAAGCUGGACUGGCUCAAACCCAGAUGGAGCCCAGAGAGAGGCUGGACUCAGGGCUGAUGGGAGACCAGCCAUCCAUUAUAGCGACUAAUGAUGAGGGCAGUUACCGCUUUAAUGCAAACAGUGUCAAAAUGGCGAAGAAGGUGAAAGGGCUGACUCGAGCUCCCAAAGGGGAAAAGCAGAUCAGCUGCAUGCAGUGUGGCAAGAGCUUUACCACCCGAUUCUAUCUGAAGAUACACCUGAGGAUACACACGGGAGAGAGGCCGUUUUCCUGUACACAGUGUGGCAAGAGCUUCUACUGUACAUCCCACCUGAUAUCACACCAGAGGUCCCACACGGGAGAGAAGCCUUACAGGUGCCAUGUGUGUGGAAAUUCCUACUCGCACCUCAAUUCCCUGAAGUUACAUCAUAAGGUUCACAGGCAGGAAAGACUGUUUAAUUCCACGUAGAACUGGAGGGCUUCGUGUCUGUAAAUCGAUGACGGUGGUGCAGUGUGUGACUCACUGCAUUGGUGACACUGGAUUUCAGUCCAGUCUAAUAAGUUAACGUCUCUAUAGAAUGAAGCUGUGAUUUAUAAGUCGACAGCUGUUGUGUAGAACCUUAAAAUCUGCCACACGCAACAUUGCGAGCUACGCUGAGAAGUAAUUAGCAUGUUCUUUAGUCAACUGACAAUGUUCCCUUUUUCUAACAUGCAGAUACGGAUUGUGCCUGGACGAUGAAAGUUAAAUGUGUACUUUUUUGAGGUUCCUGAAUCUUUUCAAGUAGGAAAGAUUUAAAUGACAUUGUUAUUCUUUUAAGAUGAAUACUUAGGCUACAUGACAGUACCACUGUGAAGGCCAUUUAGGUGACAGCUGCUGGUAUCACAGAGGUGUAGGAACUGGGGGGGCAGGGAGGGUGGUACCCCCCCCCCCCCCCCCCCUCCCCAAUAUUUUAUUUGUAUUCAUUUAUCCUUUGUUUAAAUUAUUGUGUAAUAAUAAUCCUAUGCCGUUGGGCUCACCCUCUGAAUAAGCUGAUAUCUGAAGGGCAUUGUAAACUAUCGAUGAAGAAUGCCAUUGCCUUUGUCCUCUGGUAAAGUUUUAUUGUUAUAGCUACCAUUUUAUUAUUAAUAAAAUAACCUUUUGUUCAAA